AUGAUUCCGGAAUUCGACGGAUCGCCAAAUAAAUUGCAAGAAUUUCUGAGCGCGACUACAUAUGCAGUAGAACAUAUUGACCCGUUAGAUGAAGUAACGCUAUUAGGAACAGUAUUAUGCACGAAAUUAAAAGGCAGAGCGAUGCUAGACUUUCAAACGCGUAAAAUUCAAGAUUUCGCACAGUUGAAACAAGAAUUAGAGGUCUGUUACGCAAGCAAAAAGAGUACGACCCAUCUACAAAUUGAAUUUAACACGCUAAAACAGAAAAACGGAGAAAGCGCGCGAACUUACCGACUUAGAGCCGACAAAAUAGCCAUGGAGCUGUACGAAUCGAUGAUGGAAGGACGUUAUCAUACAGUAAAUAAUAAACGCACAAUUAUGGAAAUAAUACAGCAACAAGCCUUAGAAAAUUUCCAAAUAGGAUUGCAAGACGAAAUUAAAACAAUUGUUCGAUCGCGAGGAUAUGCUACGUUGCAAGAAGCAAUAGCAGCGGCCAGCGCGGAAGAAAAAGUUAAAGGACUGUCCGCGACCGGCACGCCAAGCAAAAUCAAUUUUACACCGACCUAUAAACAGGGAAAUCAAACGACUGUAAAAUGUCAAAAAUGCGGAAAAACCGGGCAUUACGGUCGAGAUUGUCGAACUAGUCGAUACGCGAACCGAUUUUCAUUGCCGAAACCCGAUAGACAACCCCACGUAAAUACGAUAAAUAAAUACUGCAAUUAUUGCAAAAAAUCCGGACACGAUCGCGAAGAAUGUUGGUUAUUACACGGACGACCCAAUAGAGAUCAAUCGAGCCGAACCAAACAAUAUAAUUCGCGACCGGAAAAUAAAAACCGCAAGAAUAGCGAGCAAGGAAAAAAGAAAUUUAACUCCGCGCAAAGUAGCGAUGAGGAGGAAAGGAACGAAAGAAAAUCGCACCGACCUGCAAUUGAAUAUCAAGUAUCACACUUUAAAAAUACGCCGCAUAUACAGACAGGAUUGGACCUUGUCACAUUACCAAUGCGAGAAGCGAAACGCGAAAAAAUAAAUUUGCUAUUCGAUACAGGAGCCGCAAUAUCACUAAUUAAAGUGAAACAUUUAAAAGGCGAAACGUUAAUAAAAGAAGAAAAGAUAACGCUCACCGGCGUAACGGGACAUAAAAUAUGUACAAUUGGAAAAUUUAAGGCGACAAUAACUCUGGAAAAGCGCCGAAUCAAGCAUACUAUGUACGUUGUUAAGGAUGACUUUCCGAUAGAAUAUGACGGAAUACUAGGCGUUGAUUUCCUACGAAAACAUCAAGCCACUUGCAAUUAUAAAACAAAGCAAUUAAAGGUAGGACAGCAUAUCUUAAAGCUUUAUCCCUAUCUAAAAGUGACAUUGAAACCACGUAGCGAAACUAUAAUACAGGUCGCUACUGAUAAGAACACGAUAGGCGUGAUAAAGGCAGAAGAAACAAUACCAGGAAUAUUUAUAGGUAAUUGCCUAGUAGAACCUACGAAUUACAUAUGUGCAGCAAGCAUUCUAAAUACAACGGAUAACAUAAUCGAAAUGUUAAUGCCGCAAGAUUUUAGCGACGUGAUGCAUAUCGAAGGAGAACCACUGACGUGCACAGAUACCGUCGCGCAUAAGAUUGCAACGCAAGCAGAUAGCUCACCGGUCAACGUACGGCCUUACCGCCUGCCGGAGAAGCAUAAAGAAGAAGUAAAUCGACAAGUCCGAGAAAUGUUAAAAAAUAAAAUAAUCCGACCAAGCAUGAGCCAAUGGAACGCACCGUUAUUGGUAGUCCCUAAGAAAGCCGAUGCGUCAGGAAAACCGAAAUUACGAGUAGUCGUAGAUUUUAGAAAAUUAAAUGAUCUAACUAUAGGAGAUUCAUUUCCCUUACCGAAUAUAACGGAUAUAUUAGAUCAACUUGGAAACGCCAAGUACUUUACAACUCUGGAUUUAGCAUCCGGAUACUAG